UUGUUUUUAUUCUGCGCCUGAAAAGAGGUCUCAUUUAUAUGCUUAGUCACCAUAGCACACACUAUCUACCUCAUUCACGCGAAAUCCUUCCAUUGCUGUCUCUCUGCAAAUAUCUUUCUCUCUCGCUUUUGCUCCUUUAUAGCCCCAUUUCCCUGUAGCUGCUUGUAUUGUAUUUCUGUGCUCUUUCAGGUCAUGUAACAGAACCUUUUCUCUUCUGCUUUUCCAAGUUCUUGUAUUGCUGCUCCCGAGGAGUUCUUCUUGAUAAUGUGAUCUUGGUUUUAGUGUUCUCGUUGCUUCUUUUUUCUGGUUUAUUAAUGCCCACUUCAUAUAAAGGGUUGUAAAUCAAUCUUGUCCUGAUUUCAAUCAUGGGUUCUCGUUAAAUCGUCUUGUCAACCGAUCUGUGUAUUUUUUUCUGUUUCUGUUCAAUUCUGUUAAUGCCCAUUUGCUUCAAAUUGUUUUGAACGGAUGAAAAUGCUGUGUGUGAUAAUGGGUUGUCGUUAAUUUGGUGCUUUCUUCUUUUAGUCUCACUACUCUUUGAGCUUGACCAGUAUUUUUGCCGUUUUUAGCUUUACAACUAUAACAUGUAAUUUGAAUUCAUCAGCUGCGUUUUCUUUUAUGUCAAGUGCGCUUUUUGGCGGGACUUAGUUGACAAAUAGAAAGCUUUUGAUGAAAAUGAAGUAAAAAUUUAGUUUUGAUGGAUCUUAAUUUUAUUGAAGUCAAAGGAUAACAAGAUCUGAGCACAUGGAGAGUGUCUGUUCUUUCCGGUAAUUUAGACUCUUUUAUUUCAUCAUGGAUUCUGUUCGCUAAUAUCCUUGAUUCUUAACUGACACAUGGAAUUUAAGUGAUUUGAUUCAUUGCUAACAAAUUCUUUUUUUCUUCACAGCAAAUAUACCAAAAUCAUUCUUUAUAUAUUCCUUCAAAUGUAAAAUCAUUCAACUUAUACGUUUACCUACAGAAUUUUAUACUAUACAAAAUGAUCAUUUUGGGAAUAUAUUCCUGUUUUUCUUUGUGUUCCUUCUGCCUAUAGAUUCUUAUUAUUACCUUCACCUAUGCAAGCUUAGUUACCAUAUAGGCCUCUCGAGUACUUAAAAUUUGGAUUAGAGUUGUUUGUUGUGUGUUUUAGUUAGUUAUCAGUGAACAAGGAACUUCAAAAACAUAUAGAAGUCCUUAUUCUCCAAAACUCUGAACCAUCAUGGAGGAAACAUUUGUUCCCUUCCGUGGUAUAAAAAAUGAUCUCAAAGGAAGGCUUUUGUGCUACAAACAAGAUUGGACUGGUGGCUUCCAUGCCGGUAUCAGGAUCCUAGCUCCAACAACAUAUAUAUUCUUUGCUUCAGCAAUUCCAGUCAUAUCUUUUGGGGAACAACUAGAGCGAAAUACAGAUGGAACUUUAACUGCAGUGCAAACUCUGGCAUCAACAGCACUUUGCGGCAUCAUCCAUUCAAUUGCUGGAGGGCAACCCCUGCUCAUACUGGGGGUUGCUGAGCCAACUGUGUUGAUGUACACAUUUAUGUUCGACUUUGUAAAGGACAAGAAGGAUUUGGGGCAAAGGCUCUUCUUAGCCUGGGCUGGAUGGGUUUGCGUGUGGACAGCCUUAUUGCUUUUCUUACUGGCAAUAUUGGGUGCCUGCUCUAUAAUCAACAGAUUCACACGUGUUGCUGGUGAAUUGUUUGGUCUGCUUAUUGCAAUGCUCUUUAUGCAGCAGGCCAUAAGGGGAGUUGUGGAGGAGUUUGGCAUGCCCCAGAGGGAAAAUCCUAAUCAGACUGCACUCCAACCUUCUUGGCGAUUUGGCAAUGGAAUGUUUGCAUUGGUUUUGUCCUUUGGCCUUCUUUGGACUGCACUUAGGAGCCGUAAAGCUAGGUCAUGGCGUUAUGGGACAGGUUGGCUACGAGGAUUUAUUGCAGAUUAUGGAGUUCCACUUAUGGUGCUUGCAUGGACUGCGAUAUCCUACAUACCAGUUAAGCAUGUUCCAAGAGGUAUACCAAGGCGGCUUUUCAGUCCAAAUCCAUGGUCUCCUGGUGCAUACUCAAAUUGGACAGUUGUCAAGGAAAUGACUGAUGUGCCUGUUUUGUACAUUGUUGGAGCAUUUAUUCCUGCAACCAUGAUUGCUGUCCUUUACUACUUUGAUCACAGUGUUGCAUCUCAACUUGCCCAACAAAAGGAGUUCAAUUUGAAGAAACCAUCCUCCUACCAUUAUGACCUUCUACUAUUAGGAGCCUUGGUUAUCUUAUGUGGUCUCAUUGGCAUCCCCCCGGCAAAUGGUGUAAUUCCACAAUCUCCCAUGCAUACUAAAAGCUUAGCUACAUUGAAGCAUCAGCUUUUGCGAAAUAAGCUUGUGUCAACAGUCCGAAAAAGCAUAAGCAAAAAUGCAAAUCUGGGUCAACUGUACCGAAACAUGCAAGAAGCCUACAAUGAAAUGCAGACUCCUUUAGUAUAUCAAAUGCCUCCUGCGCUGGGACUAAAAGAGCUGAAAGAAUCAACUGUGCAACUGGCCUCAAGUGCAGGCUACAUUGAUGCCCCUGUGGAUGAGACUGUUUUUGAUGUUGAUAAAGAUGUGGAUGAUCUUUUACCGGUUGAAGUCAAAGAACAACGUCUCAGCAAUCUGCUUCAGGCAUUGAUGGUUGGUGGUUGUGUUGCUGCUAUGCCUCUCUUGAAGAAGAUCCCAACUUCAGUUCUUUGGGGGUACUUUGCUUUUAUGGCCAUUGAAAGCUUACCAGGAAAUCAAUUUUGGGAGAGAAUAUUAUUGCUUUUUACAGCUCCAAGUCGAAGAUACAAAGUGUUGGAGGAGUGCCAUGCGACUUUUAUUGAUACAGUGCCCUUCAAAACAAUUGCCAUCUUCACGCUGUUUCAAACAGUUUACCUGCUUGUGUGCUUUGGCAUAACAUGGAUCCCAAUAGCUGGGGUUCUUUUCCCUCUAUUGAUUAUGCUUCUGGUCCCUGUACGACAGUAUCUGCUCCCCAAAUUCUUCAAAGGAGCGCAUCUUCAAGACUUGGAUGCAGCUGAAUAUGAGGAAGUUCCUGCGGUAUCUUACAAUAUGACUUUUGAAGAUCUGGAUCCUCAAGCAAGAGCAUCUAAUAUCGAAGGAGGAGAAAUUCUUGAUGAAAUUAUCACAAGAAGCCGAGGUGAGAUCCGCCGUACGCAAAGCCCAAAAGUUACCAGUUCCACUCCAGGUUCGUUGAACGAUAUAAAACCUGCAUAUAGUCCAAGUCUGUCGCAGAGGGCAUACAGUCCACGUGUCAGUGAACUAAGGGGAAAAUGGAGUCCCCAGUCUACUGGAAAGGGGGUUGAAAUAAAGCGAACUCCUAGUCCCAGUCCGUCUGGCCUUGGUCAAAGCAUGCAUGGUUCAUCUUCAAGCUAAAGCCUUUAAUGCAUAAUUGUGGUGAGUUUAGUUGUCAAUGUUCUCGAGAGGCCUUAAACUAGGAGAUUGUAACUGAGUGUUAUAUGUUUAGGUGUGUUUCAUGUUCUUGAUUCUAAAAAUAGGAUGUUUGUCUGUGCCUAUAGCUUUGUAUCUCCCAGAUAGUUUUCUGGGCUGAGAACAUAUUGGUGUUAAUGAAAUCAGUGCAUUACGUUGAAAGAAAGAAUAUCCCACAUGGAACUGAAGGCCAAGAAAAUGGACACGGAUUAAUUAAUUUAAUAAACUUUAAUUUGUAUGC